CGGAGAGCUGUGUCAAGCCUGAAGAGUUUCGCUCCUCCUUCCUUAAACUCUGGAGGUGUUGCGCUCCUGCCAUUCAGUAAAACCACCAUCGUGCUCCUAAAGUUCAGACGUCUGGCUGGACGCGUCCCGGACGGAUCAGGGACUCUCUCCUUGUGCGCUGUAUAGUGAUGCGUGUCCAAACUUUCCUUCAGGAGAAAUUAUUCCUGCUUUAGAGAAUGACCCUCCAAGAGUUCUGAAAGUCAUUGAUUUGUUCGUGGUCUCUUGUGGAUAUAACAACUGUGGCUUGCUGCACGUUUCGCAUUUUUACAGUUAGACUUAAUGAUCAGCUGGCAGGCUGCCAGUCAACGUUCGGGAGGGGCAAACACAGAAGGGCAUUUAGAAGGAGGGAUGAACGUAUGAGAAAAGCAAAGACGGCGAUAUAGAAGGAGAGCAAGCAAAAGGAUUCAAUCACUAAGGCCAGUAAGUAAUCGACGAUGCGGCCGUUAUCUCCCCUAUCUCAUCUCAUUUUGUUCCACCUACUGUGCGGAUCUCUGAGCAGCAGAUGUCCUCAAGAGUGCUCAUGCAGCACCGGUGAUUCUAUCUUCUGUGUCCAGAAGAACUUGAGCUACAUUCCUCGUGGCCUCCCCUCCUCCACAAUGUACCUCUAUGUGUUUCAGAACAACAUCAACACCUUGCAAAAGCAGGGUUUUGUAGAGCUUGGCAAGCUUGGAAUGCUGGACUUGAGUCAGAAUGCACUCACUCAAAUCCCUGAUGGGGUGUUCAGCCCACUCUCCUCUCUAAAAAACCUGGAUCUCUCCUCAAACCAAAUUACCUACAUUUCCAAAGACAGCUUUGCUGGACUGGUCAACCUGGAAAGGCUGUAUCUCUACAGCAACCAGAUUCAGAGCAUUCACCCAGCUGCCUUUGAGGGACUAGAGAACCUACUUGAGCUAAAGCUACAGGGGAAUCAGAUUAGAGAUUUGCCAGCUCUGCAACUGCCCAGACUGCUCCACUUGGACCUUAGUUAUAAUAGUAUCCCACCUAUUGGACCUGAAGAUUUAAAGACACCACACCUUGAGUCUCUUAAAAUAGCUGGACUGCGGCUGACCAGUCUGGAUGAGGAGCUGUUAAGCAGUCUAGUGAACCUACAUGUUCUGGAUGUUUCCCAGAACCUGCUCGUAGAGAUACAACCUACGCUGAAGGACAUGGGGGGCCUACGAAACCUCAAUUUAACUGGCAAUCCUUUGCGAUCCCUUAAACAAGAAGACUUCCAAAAUCUGGUUAAUUUGCUAGAGCUUGACUUGAGCAACCUUAAUUUGCAAGGCUUCCCCGAGGGCUUCUUCAACAUUUUCCCCAAACUUGAGAAGCUCACUGCAGCUGAAAACCCCUUUAACUGCCUCUGCCCACUGGCCUGGUUUCCAGUAUGGCUAAAGGAUGCAAAUGUAGAACUGUUGAGAAUAGAGGAGACUCGUUGCCACUUUCCACCAGUAAACUCAGGAGAGGUUUUGGCGAAAUUGGAGCAUAAAGAUUUUGGCUGUCCCACAACGACCACUGAGUUAACAAGCACUGGGACAAGUAGUACUACAAGCAAGCCCACAAACUCCACCACACCAUCAAGCACAACACACGCCAUUUCCCCGGAGCCACCAAGUGAGAUGCCCUCAGACACAGACAGCAUCCCUCUUUCCCAUUCCACUGCCUUCCCCAAAGAAAUCAUAAAAGAUUCUGAAGAAGAAGACAUCAUGUGCCCUUCCAAUAUCUGUCUGAAUGGUGGAACAUGCAUGUUUGACUCAAAUGGGGGGGUUCUUUGCCUGUGUCCUCCUUCAAUGUCAGGACUCUACUGUGAGACGCAAAACCCAAGCUUCCUUACUUCGCCUUCACCUAGAGUUUCUAUCGAGACCAUUGCUACAGUCCAGCCCAACACAAUCAGCUCACUUCAUAUAACCAGUACUUCCAUUUCAUUAGACCUUCACCAUUACAUCCACACAAGAAUGCACAUCCGUGGAAUCCGUCUGACUUACCGAAACUUGUCAGGCCCAGACCAGCGGCCAAUACAUCUCAAUGUGCCUCCAACUUACCCCGAAUACACGCUUAGAGGGCUACAGCCAAAUAGCACCUAUUCUGUAUGUGCCAGCCCUCUGGGAGAGCCUGUCCAUGUCUCGGCUAGUGCCUGCAUGGAGGCUCGCACAGCAGGAAUCCCAUCCUUCUCCCAAGAGCCAAGUGUUGACAAGACCCAAACCUCUUCCUCUCUCAUACCAAUCAUGACCGCUGUGGCAGUGGUGAUGGUUGUGGCCAUUAUAGCUACUGUGGUAGUCAUCCACCGCAGGAGGAGAUCCAAGGCUCCAGUAGAUAUGGACUUACAUGAGACAUCUCCUCUGGAGUUAGAGGGAAUGAAAACCAGUCCAGAAAAUGGUCUGACACAUCCAAAACAACCCAACAUCACCCCUUGCCCAUCAAUAGUGCAAAGUAGCUUGGAAUACGAGGCACCUUUAAUACAAGGGCACUGUCCAGCCAACAAUAAUGUAGCUUGUAUGAAACCUUUGUAUGUGUAAAAGCCAUAUUGCGCUAUUCAUACCUCCAGCCCACAGAAGGCAAUGUGCUCCAUGACUCCUGCAGGCGGGUGCUAUGCAGACACUAGAUAUACUCUGGUGGGCUGAUGAACAUUUUAAUGCAUCCCAGCCAAACACUUAAACUGACCGCCAGUAUUUAAACCAGGUGCAUUUUCCUUCAACAUUUUUUUUCUACAAAUGCCUUUAAGUGCCUUUCAUUACCAUAAAUAUCAGACUUUAUCAAGAAUGUCUUUCUAAGAAGAGGCCAGACAUUACUGGACACAGUGUUGAUAGGCUGGAAAACAGUUUGUUUUAGAGGUAGCUUUUUAAUUGUGUGGCUGGCUCUGGAAGUGGUAAACAGGAGUCAAAAGGUCAUGCCUGGAUGCCUUGACUUUUUUUGUUUUGUCCAGAAACAAAUUGCACUGAUAAGAGACACUGGGACUGUGGGAAGAGUUGCCCAUAGAAGCUGAAAAAGAUCAGCGUCUUAAAAGAUGCUUCAAACAUGUUUUAUACAGCAUCAAUGCAUCCCUCUGCUCCAUCUGUCCUGCACAGGAGAAUAUUUGCUGUGAAAAAAACAUAAUGAAGAGACAUUUUCUUAAUUUGUCUAGUUUACGCUGUUAUGUUAAAGCUGUGUUAUGAUGUUUUUGUAUUUUUAAAGAAACAGUUCACAAAAAAAAAAAAAAAUCUGUUAUUUACUCACCCUCAUGUCUCUCCAAACCCCUUUGAUAGGAUCAAAAAAAUGACCUAUUGUAGAAAGAAAGCCACACAAGUUUGGAAUGAGAUUAGGGUGUGUAAAUGAAAACAGAAUUUUCAUUUUAGGUGAACUUCUCCUUUAAGUUCCAUUUGUAUGUCCUUUUUUGUGUUUUAGUUGGGUUUGUUUUGUCUUGUAAACAUGAGACUGUAGAAAACAUUCUUCCUCCACUCGCUUGAGUGCAGCAAGUUAAAAUGCUUUUACUUCUGAAUGAAAACAAACUCACUUUCCAUAAGUGAAGUCUUCAUCCUGCGUCUGACAAAAGAAACACUUCGCAAGACUAUAAACACCCGCAGCCACUUUUGACCUCAAACAAAUUCCACACAUUAACAAACACACUAGUACUAUCUAAGGAUAUGGAUAACAAAUGAUUUUAACAAAGCUGUUCUUUUUUUUUUUUACAUGACAGCUUUCUAAAUAUGUCUUCUAGUCUAGAAUCAGACUGGGCCCCAAACAUAGCCAAACUAGGGGAAGGCUUCAAAGACAGUUUUUGUAUUGGUUGCCAAGCUGAAUGCAGAUGGCUUUGCUCUUUGCCCAGACUUUGAAAACUUAAACGCGUACCGUGGUACAGUGGGGUCCUAUGGUAUCAAGAGUGUACUAGUGAUGGCAUCUGGUGGAAAUACCUGGUACUUUAGUAUAUACUAGGCUACAAUGCCAAAAAGCUAAUUAAGCUAAAUUAAUCACCUCAGCUUCUACAUGAAUCUUCAGUAAAAAUUUUCUUCAGAAAAGAAUAUAACAAGACCCGUGUAAAACGAGACUGAUAGUUUUUCUCUGUGAAAGUGCGAAAGUGUCAAAGCCAAAAGUUUUAUUGUAGAAUUGCAUGUUUAUGAGCAUUAUCAGCGCAGUAAAGCAGUGUUAAGAGAAA